AUGACGGCCAAGAAUCAAGAAGCUUCCAUCAAGAACAUGGAAAGACAAAUAGGCCAGCUCUCUAAACACUUUGCAACAGAGAGACCAUCAAGUUCCCUGCCAAGUGACACAAUUCCAAAUCCUAAGGAAGAGUGUAAGGCGAUACAGUUAAGGAGUGGGAGAACAUUGGUGAGCAACAAUGACACUACAAGGAAACAAGUGGAGAGCAGCAAAAAGCUAACAAAUGCAGAGGAAGCCAAUGAUCAAGAUAUGGUGCCAAACAAGAACACAGAGAACCCCAAGGGAGAAGAAGACCAGCCAAUCAAUACACAUAAGAAAGAAGAAGAAGCGAUUCAAGGACAACAGAAAAAGGAGAAGAACCUCACCCCUCCACUGCCAUAUCCACAGAGCUGGCUGGAGAAAGAGACUGUACUUCUCACUGAAGAAUGCAGUGCACUCAUCAGAAAAGGACUUCCUCCCAAGUUGGAAGAUCCAGGGAGUUUCUUCCUACCUUGUUCCAUUGGAAGUCUAUUUAUCGACAAGGGGAUGUGUGAUUUAGGAGCAAGCAUAAAUCUGAUUCCAUCCUCUUUGGUGAAAAAGCUUGGCAUAGAGAAGGUGAAACCAAUACAGAUGUCAUUAGAAUUGGUGGAUCAGUCAAUAGUACAUCCCAAAGGGGUAAUCGAAAACCUUUUAGUUAAGGUUAACAAGUUCAUCUAUCCUGCGGAUUUUGUAAUCUUGGAAACAGAAGAAGAAGGAAACAAUUCGAUUAUCUUGGGAAGGCCAUUUCUAGCUACUGCCAGAGCCAUCAUAGAUGUAGAGCAAGGAGAACUAACUCUCAGGAUGCAUGAGGAAAGCAUUACUCUGAAAGUUUUUCCAGAGCAAACAACCAUCAACACAGUAGAACAAAGGGAUGAGCAGCUGGGAACUACGGAUCAUUACACUGUUAACCAAGUACUCUCUCUUGAGCAUGUGGAAAUCGAGCACCAAGGGACAAAGAAGAAGCUCACAGUCAGAGGGGACAAGCUGAGGCACUACAGUUAUCAACCACCAUAA